AGUUAUUUAGAUAGAUAGCCAGCGCAGAGUUGAUUAUUGAUUACACUAACUAGAUGGCGUGCUGUACUGCGAAUCCCUCUGUGUCCUCCGUGUCUUCGGACUCGGACGCUGCCGGGCUGGUCGUCACGCCCAAAGAUCAGGAGGGAGACACAGAGCAGGUUGACAUCAAUAACGAUGAAAGCACCAAAGAAGACGAAGAUAUGAAUUCAGGAGACCAGCAGACUAAAGCAAACGAGAGGUUACGACGCCCACAGCCCGGCACUACCCCCACACGCCUAUACCACAGUGCAGUAAACCGGAAACGUGCAAUGGAGAGAAUUGACAGGGAGAACCAGGCCCUCCUGAAGCGGCUGGACACCAUGAAGCCCUCCCGGGGAAUGAGCAGGGCAGAGCAGCUGGCUGACUAUGACCGGCAGGCCCCUUACAGGGGGCUCACUGCCCCAGACCCCUCCAGUGGAGUGGAGAUGAGCGCCGAUCAUUUUAAGCUGAUGCUGAAAGCCCACCAUGCCCGGGCGAGGCUGUCUGGAUUCCAUCUGUGAUUUUGGCCUAUCAUGCAACUCGGAUCUUCAAAUUGCAGCUUCUGUCGUUUUGGAGUUUCUCAAUAAAU